AGGAGCUACCAAACAAAUGCAGUUUCGAAUAUAUCUGUAGCGAAAUUCACUCAUGGAGUAAAAAACCUGCUGCCGUGCGUCGACUGGAGUCAAUGUCUUUGGCCUUUAGCUUAAAAGUAAGUCUUCACUUGGUGUCUUAUAGCCUCACACAGAAAGAUGAAGAUAUAUGGCUCUUAUAUAAACUGUACUCGUCACUGAAAUACGAUCAGAGAUGCUUUGAAAUAGUCUCUGUAAAUGGGUUGUUUCAUGGCCAACUUUUGCCGCCUUCUUUGCUUUUGUUUUCUGUUUUUCUCUUUUGUCUUUGGAGCCAGAGAACUGGCAGUGGCAGAUGAUCGUCAACAUGCUGAGGAAAUGAACUCACUCUUGCCAGCGUCCAAGAGCUUUCCUAAUUUUACUAAUGAAGGAAGCCGGUCACAACUUGGCCAAGACCAAUCCAAAGGUCGAUCUGUCUUUUCGCUUCCAUUUGAAGGGCCAAAGCUUUCUCUGCAGAAGAAGCCAAUCGGAGAUGACAAUUACGUUGUCACAGUCGGCUUCGGCACACCAAAACGUGAUUUAACCUUAAUGUUCGACACAGGCAGCUCCACCACCUGGAUCCAAUGCAAGCCAUGCAUGAAUUGCUACGAUCAAGAGGACCCCAUUUUCGAUCCUUCUCAAUCUUCAACCUUCUCCAAUUCUUCACAUCCAUACACCCAAAACUACCACGACAAGUCCUACGCCAGUGGGUAUUUCGCGUACGAUACCUUAACAAUGGCCACUUACGAGUUUAAAGACUUUACCUUCCUUUGUGGGCACAAUAACAGUGGCCUCUUUGGCGCAGUUGCAGGUGUUCUUGGCAUUGGCUUAAGCAACGACUCUUUAAUCUCUCAAACUUCCGGAAAUUUUCUUCGCUUGUUCUGCUACUGUCUUCCUCCCACAGAGGCCUCUUCUGGGUUUCUCGCUUUUGGCAUCACAGCAGCGUUGACUUGCCUGCCUCGAAUCAGCACUCCACUUAUAAGCGAUCCAGAUGGGUUCAAUCGUUACUUUGUUAACCUUGUUGGCAUCACAAUCGGGCAAAGGACACUGCAAAUAUCUUCAAACGACGCCGCAUCAUUGCGAAACACCAUUAUUGACUCUGGAACCCACAUCACUCGCUUGCCUGCAACAGUUUAUUCAGAACUUCGCUCUGUAUUCAACGAAUUCAUGGCGAAAUUUCCUGUUGCUCCGCGGUUUGGGAAGAUGGAUACGUGCUAUAAUCUUGCGGGGUACGAUCUAAGCAGUGUGGUACCGUCUAUGAUCCUGCAUUUUGAUAAUUCUGUAGACUUGAAUUUGGAUCAUGAUUCUGUCGUGUUGAGUGAGAGCGAGUCUCAAGUCUGUUUGGCUUUCGCUGAAGAUACUGAAACCAUUAUUGGGAAUCAUCAACAACGGAAUGUGAAUGUUCUUUAUGACAUAAUUGAUAAGAAGGUGGGAUUUUCUAGGGGUACUUGUGGCAGUUAAUGUCAGAUGUUCAACAGUAAGUAAUUGAAUAUAUAUAAGAAAUGUAAUUUUGAAGAGCUAAAUAAGAAAAUUGUUGACCUCUUUUUUAUCAAA